UUCCUGUCAGUCAUCUGAACAAAAAUUGGCGCCUAAUCGCCAUUCAUCCUUGCCGAAGAUGCGAGGUCGUCCAUUACAGAAUCACUGGAACAACGAAGUUGGAGAGCCAUAAGCUCCGCCGUAUCGGAAAUGGUUCUCCAUCAAACCAAUAACCUCUCGUCCCGUAAACGCCCCGCCAAAUCCAACAAUGGCUUCGUUCCCCCGUUCGCUCAUCCUCCCAAAACCUCCAAAACCUCAACUGCCGCCCCAACCGCAGCCGCCACAGCCACGGUUUCGCAAUCCACGCCACCGCUCAAAGGUCAAAGCAUGUCUGCUUCUGAUAAAAUGGUUGCCGUUCUAGCCGAUGCUGGUUGCACUUUGAUCAACCCAUCCGGCCCACCUUGCCUCCCGUCUGACCUCCCAAAGCUCCGCAACCGCCUUCACCACCUCUUCUCAUCCGACUCCACGUUGCGUUCUGAGUUUCUUCAUGGUCUUUGUUCUUAUAUGAGCUCCCCCAACAAUCUCCGCCGAGUCUUAUCUCAUUCAUAUCGUGAUGGUUUGGGCUCAGUGAGAAGUGAUAGUGUGGUUAGAGUACUGUUACUCGUUCCUUCUAUUCAGUCAGACCUUCAAAACAUGUUGAUUGAGAAGCUUCCAGAAUACUUUGAUCUUGACGCUGGUGGAACAGGACACUCCUCCAGAUUCGAAGAUGACAUUGCCAGGCUAAUACUGAAACAGUUCCGGUGGCUUGACUUCCUUGUGGAUUCUGAUGCAUUUAUUGGUCAAUUGUUACAAGUAUUGUCAAUUUGCCCCCAUUACUUGAAGCGGGAAAUAAUUGGAUCUUUGCCUGAGAUUAUAGGAGACCAAAACAACAAAACUGUGAUAGAUUCACUCCAUCAUAUGCUUGAAGAGGAUCCCUCUAUUAUUAUUCCUGUGCUUGACUGUUUCUCUUAUCUGCAUUUGGAUGAGACUAUGAAAGAGCAGGUUGUUACCAUAGGAUUGUCCUGCAUUAGAACAGCUGAUAUGGAGAAUAUGCCAUACCUUCUCAGAUUCUUAUUGCUCUCUGCCUCACCUGCGAAUACCCGUCGAAUAAUAUCACAUAUUCGGGAGCAGUUAAAGUUUAUUGGCUGUCAAGCAACACAGCAGAAUAAAAUGAAAGGGAAGUCUAUUUUAAAAAAUGGGGAUGCUUCAAUUCUUGAUGCUUUGAGAUCAAGUCUUCAAUCUAAUAAAAUAAUAUGUCAGGAAACACUUAAAGAACUGAAAAGCCUCGAGAAAGCCCGGGAUCAUAAAGCCAUUGAUAUGUGGCUCCUUGUUUUAAUUUACAUGAGUAGUGAGUCUUUGCAAAAGAGUACUGAGAAGUUACUGAAGAAGAAAGUUGUCGAAGGGUUUAUUGAAAAAGUGUUAUUUGAUCAAUGUGUUCGUGGGAAUAAGGCUGUAGCACAGGACUAUCUCCCCACAUUUAUCUCCAUUUCUGGGUACUUAUUGGGGUCUAAAGAACAAAAAGCACAGGAUUUUGGCAUUCAUAUGUAUAAAUGCUUAUUUGAAGAGUUUGCAGAUGUCUAUUCAAGGCAGGAACUUUUAGGAGCACUUGUCACUCAUGUGGGCUCUGGGAUAAGUCAUGAAGUGACCUCUGGUUUGCAAGCCAUGGCUCUCCUUGCCUCCAAGUACUCCUAUGAGUUGAUUCCUCUUUCUUCUUACAUAAUGGGUAUAUUGGAUUAUACUGAAGGGUUUAGUCUUGAAAACUUGCACAAGGUCUAUGAAGCUUUCAGCCAUCUUGCGCUUUCAGCAAGAUCUAAUACGGGGUCUAGAUCUUCUAUUUCUAAUGAACUUCUGAUGAUUGUAAGAAAGCAGGUGUCUAAUCCUGAUUUUAAGUAUAAAAAGAUGGGCAUAAUUGGGACGGUCAAGAUAGUUUACUAUUUUGGAGCUGAUGUGAUCAACUCCUCCCAACCCUCUUCUGAAAAGUCAAAUCUCGAUGAAGCUCUGGAGCUUUUGCGAACAUCUUUGGAGUAUUGCAAACAAAUGCCAUUGUCGCUGGUUAUGUUUUAUGAUGAAUUGGUUUUGACAUUGAAAAGCCAGACUAUUCAUCCAUCCAUUAUAGAAUGGAUUGCCAAACAUGUAGGAGAUUUUGAAUCAAAAUAUCUGUCAGAUCUUGAUGGUGGUCAGCUGCCUAAUAAAGAGUUAUAUUGUGAUUUGGAAGGAGAAUUGUGGAUGAACCUGGAUGGAGAUAUAUCUCCUAUAUGUGUUAACUUCUUGCCACUUGUUUCCUCUGUAUUACGGUCUGCUCCUUCAUUGCAAAUAUUACCUGCAAAUAUCAGUUUGCUUUCUACAAUUGAGAGAUUAACAAAUCAAGGAUCACUCUUAGCCAUUGAUGCACUUCUUGGCUGCCCUUUACACCUCCCGUCACCCAAGGUUUUUUCUGCACCUACUUGGCAAUCAUUGGAUGGUAAUCAAAAGAGGAUUGUGAUUCUUUCGUUGUAUUAUGCUGCUAAUUGGAUUCGAGAACUGCUCAAUGCAUUCUACUCACAAGUUACCAACAAGUGCAAGUGUGUAAGCCAAGAGACCAAGGGAGAGACAAAUCUUAAACUAUUCAAGCGGUUAAGGAAUCUCAUAUUCUUGGAGAGCUUGCUAAACAAUUGUCUCAGAGAUUACCCAUUAUCCCUGCCAGAACUCUGCCCUCUGGAUCCUAUAUCACUAAGCUCGUUUCAGCACACUAGGUCUAGGAAUUAUGAUAGGGGCAAAGAGUUUACCAAACAUGAAGGAAGUUCAUCACAAAGUAAAGGAAAGGACAAGAAAAAGACCCCCAAUGUAUCAUCAAGCUCAAAAGAGGAAAACUUGAAGCAGCAAACUAUAACAGAUAUGUUGAAAAAAACAAAUGUUAUGCCUAACACAGAAGGGAUAACUGACAAUAUAUCUGGAAUCUGCUCAAAGGGAAGUAUGCCAGAGUUGUCUGGGAAUAAUCAAAAUAACCUCAUUUCCCCACAUAAUAUAGAUAUAUCUUCCGCUGCAAAGUUACUUGAACCUCAGAGACACAAGUUCAGACCUCUUCUACCCGAGUGUUUUUCCACAUUUGUAUCAUCGAAGGUUGAUAUGAAGAAAAAAGAUUUGGAAUGAAGGUCAUAUGGUCUGUUGCACCUGAGUCAAUAACCCAGGAUCAAGGCUCAUGCUGUAUGGAUCCAGCUGCUGAGUUACCACUUCAUCUUUAUCUCGUACGUGAUCUUAGCAAAAAGCUGGAUUACUUUAGUCCCGCACAAAAACAAACAACGAAAUGGACUUCUUAAAUGAUGUUCGCUUGAUGUUUCCCUCUCUUAAAAGAAAUCUUGAUCUGGUGCUUUGUAUUCUUAGAGAAGAUACUGAAAUAUGUCAAGAUCAUUGGAAAGUUCAAUCCGCUGCAUCUGGGAAUCCAGAUGUUACAAGCAUUCUUUGUUCCACACCAAAAGUUUCCUACAGUGUUUUUAAGGAGACACUUUGCUGCUUUGCAAAGAUGGUAAAAAUUCCAGAGGUUCAGAGGGAAACAUUAUUCCUAACUGAUCUAUUAGAGGCCUUCCAGCCAACCAGAAUUCCAGAUUGCUUCUUUCUGGGCAUGCAACAUAUUCCUUCUCCUGGGAGCAUAGGUUAUCUAUAUUCUGGUGCAUAUUCUUUCAUUGAAGGAUCAUUUAAUGCAGCAAGUACUAUUUCUUUGACACUAUCUACAGAGGUAGUGCUAACUUUAGAAGCAAUAAUAUUAUCAAUCCGGAAGAUUGUAGAUGGAGGUUUGAAUGAAACUGGGAAAGACAUUCAAAAAGGAUUUACAGAAGAGUUCAUCCCGUUCUUAUGCAAAAAGCUGGGUACCUCUGCCAAAGAACUCUUGAUUCAAAAGUAUGAUAGUAAAAAUAUCGAAGAGGAUUCAAAAACCAGACGAGAACUUGUCCAAAAGAUUCUUCGCAUUUACUUGGAAAAUUGCCAAUCCACAUACGAUUCUCUAGAUGAGCUUGCCUGCUUAAUAUCAUCCCAGGUGGCUUCUCACAGAAGUCGGGAAGAAGAUAGUUGUAGCUUUCCAAGCCUCUGCCCCACAACGUUCAUUGCUUGCUACCGGGUGAUGCAUGAACAGAAUGUUGUGGCACUAAAUAGAUUGGUAAAGGAAGUUUGUCAGCUGGAAAAAUCCAAAGCAGGUGACAAUACGGAAGAUGUGGAACACCUACUGAACAGGCUGCUGCAAUCUGUUAAUAUUGUGGUGUUGUUAGUUAGCAUGUGUAAAACUCAUGAUAAGGUUGGUGUUCAUGCAACGGCUGUCAAGUUCAGCGGGAAGUUUUUUGAUUCCUUCCUUAAAGUUUUUGGUUUUUUACAGGCUCAAUUUCAGUUGCAUGGUGAACGAAUAAUCCAACUGGUUAAAGAACUUCAGAAGGCAACAAGAACCAUACAAACACUAUGCUCUGAAGCAAAGGGCAUGAAGCGAACUGCUAUAACAAGCAAUGUUCCAUACACAAAGAGAUCUAUGGAGCGCUUCCUCUUUCACGUCAAGGCUCUCCUUCAUUCAAAAUCAAGUGGAUGCACUUUUUGGAUGGGAAACUUAAAACAUAAAAACUUGUCCGGUGAUGUAGUGAGUUCCCAAGCAUAUAUAGAGAAGGAUGAGAAUGAAGAAGUGAAUGAUGAUCCUGCUGAAAAUACAAUGGAUGAUCAACCGGAAGCCUGAUGCUAAUGAUUAAUUAUUGGACAGACCUAAAAAAGGUAAGUCUUGAAAAAACUGUCUUUUGCUUGCUGUUUUUGUGAAGCAAGACAAACAAUAGGACAAAUAUUGUUGUAGAAGCCAUAUUUUCCUUGGCUAUUGUUCUUCAUUUCUAUGUAAAUAGCU